AUGGACCAGAUCAUCGACCACAAGCCCAUUGGCGCAGGGCUAGAUGCCUUUCGCGCCAACCUGACCUCAGUCUGCGAAAGCAGGGGACUCCCCUUUUCGGUCGAAGCCAUACUGAAUCUCAGCCCCGAGGAUCGUCAGGAUAUUUCACUGGAUCUGGUACUGGCUUUGCAGGCGCUUCCUGCGUCUCGGUUAUUGCCGUCCAUCGGGGGGUGUAAGAACCUCUUCGGGGACUUGGCAAGGUGGAGUGAAAGUAUUAAUUCCGAUGAGUUUGAAUUCGACCGCAUCGUUCCGCUGUUGGUUGCGGUCCUCGAUCGAGAACCGGAUGCUGUUGUUUGGGAUAGUCUACGCUGCGGCGGCACCACCACCACCACCGCGUAUGCUAUGCUCGAGGAUGAGCUAGGCUCGAUAUAUACUGACGUGCCUGGGUUCGACGAGGCGUACUUUGGUACUGUGGAUGGUCUCCAGGAAGUGGCUGCUGUCGUUUUCAGUAAGCUCAAAGAUGGUGAUGAUUUCUUAUAUUAUGACGAGACUGGCUGGAUUGGCUGGCCUGAACUGGCUGAAGAAAAACAGGUUCUGGAUUGGCUGAUCAAAAUAAUUGACACGAUCAAGAGAAUCGCAACGGAGAUGAACUUCCUAGCAAAGGACUGCCGCAGCAUCUUGGGGUGGCCUUACCAGCCACUCCAAGGCUCUGCGACCUCUCGACAGUCAGCUGUUGGGGUCGUCGAUUCCAGAGAUGCGAGCAGUAAACAAUCUGAAGUAAAUUGGUCAAAUGUACUCAUCGUGGGAACACUCAAACGGAGCCCUGAGAUGGAUACAGCCUCGAGAACCUGGAUUGGUCUUGGGCGGGAUGCGCGGGACGUUUUCACUGCCCAGGAUUCUCGUCGCUUCGUCCUCGGGUUUACGCUAUGUGGACUGAUCAUGCGGUUAUGGGGAUUUGAUCGCGUGGGAGCUGUGUCAUCUACGCCGUUUAAUAUCAACGACGAGGGUGUCCGGUUCGUUCUCUCAAUUCUAGCGUUUCUUCGGAUGAACACAGAGGAAUUGGGCUAUGACUCUACUAUCGUUAGCACUUCGGACGGUACUCGAUGUCUUGACAUCGUGCGAGAUGGGCAACCAGAGCGUCUCAUUCUUGACGGGCUUAUCAGGAGACCUUCCUGUAUUGCCGGACGAGCCACGACGUGCUGGAAGGCCCGCCGCGAGGGCAACAAAACACCUCUUGUCAUCAAAGACUCCUGGCAGGACCCGGGAAGAAAGCAUGAAGGAAUCCAUGGUAGAGACGAUGACAUCCAGGGUGUUGUACGCCGAGGCCUGGACUUGAAGCAAGGCAGGAGAUACCACCAGGACCACUCCACCCUCCUCACCUUCGAGGCCAUGGCAGACUCCGCAGAGGCUGCCCAUUCUCCCAGCACCGCCGGGCACAAGCGGACAUCCAGCCAUCUCAGCCCCCGGUGGUCGCCUCCCAAGCGCACUUGCCAGCACGACCCGGGAGAAAACAGGGUCCAUCGGCGCGUCAUCGUCCAAGACUACGGAGUGCCUAUCUACCAAGCAAGGUCCCGUCUCUCCCUCCUCUCUGCCAUUGCUCAAUGUAUCGAAGGUUACCACUCCCUACACCUGAAAACUGGUCUCCUUCACGGCGACAUCUCACCUACCAACCUGAUGCUCAACGAGUCCAGCAACCCCGUCCACUCCCACGCUUUUCUCAUCGACCUAGACCUCGCCCUCCAAGACCAGGACCAGCACCAACAACACGCUCCUCCCUCAACCCCACCUCCCAGAGCCAAACCAAGAGGAACCCGCGCCUUCAUGGCCAUCGGCCUCCUCCUCGACGAGCGCCACUCAUACACACACGACCUCGAAUCCUUCUUCUGGAUCUGCAUCCACCACGGCCCCACCGGCGCGGUUUCCACCCGCUUCGAAAGAUGGAAUUCCACAAGCCUCUCUGACCGCGAGCUCGCCGACAUCAAGAAAGGCAUCGUCGCCCACGAGCCCGACUUCCUGGUCCUGACAAGGCGGUCUUUCACGCCAUUUUAUGCCCCGCUGGCCCCGUGGGUCAAUUCGCUCCGGAAGGUUGUGUUUCCGCGCGGGGGUAGGCUUGAAGUCGAGGAUGUUGAUCUCUCCGGGCGUAUGGUUUCAUUGCUUCGUGAUGCUUGUGAGGAUCGAGGGGUUGGGGCGGGUUGAGUGGAUGUGGAUAUUGGUUUCGGUGCUCAGUUCAGUCCUUGGUGCUGUUUGGAAG